GCGAGCAAUUCAUCAACGUCCUAAACGGGUCCGAACCGAUCCACCGGAAGUAUUGAGCUCUGAUAGCGAACGACAUUAAAUUGGGCCGCUUACGGCUAACGACCAACCUCAUAGAUAUUCUCUCUCUUUCUCUCUCUCUAGUCUGUACUUGCUGUUUUCUUUUCUCAUUGGUUUGUUUGUGAAUUUAGUCCAAAGUUUUUGCUUUACAGAUCGAGUUUUUUUUUUUUCUCUAAAAUUAAGAAUACAUGUCAGACGCUUUGAUCAAUGGAUUGGCUGGUGCUGGAGGAGGAAUCAUCGCUCAACUUAUCACAUAUCCUCUGCAAACUGUCAAUACUCGUCAACAGACAGAGCGUGAUCCCAAGAAGAGUAGCAGGAAACUUGGAACCAUAGGACAAAUGUGUCAGGUAGUUAAGCACGAAGGAUGGGGGCGGUUAUAUGGAGGCUUGACGCCGUCGUUGGUGGGUACUGCUGCAUCGCAGGGUGUUUAUUACUACUUCUAUCAAAUAUUUAGGAGCCAGGCAGAAGCUGAUGCACUUGAUCGUUGGAAGAAGGGGAUUGGUGAUGGAUCAGUAGGAAUGUUUUCAUCACUUGCAGUGGCUGCAUUAGCCGGGUGCGUGAAUGUGCUAUUUACUAACCCCAUAUGGGUAGUUGUUACCCGUAUGCAGACACACACAAAGGCAUCAACAGAAACUAGACUUAAUCGUAAUCUAUCAAUUGUGCCAGAUGAAACAAUUCUCGCUGUUGUGGAGCCUCCACCAUAUGGAACUAGCCAUGCCGUCCAGGAAGUCUAUGAUGAAGCUGGACUUUGGGGUUUCUGGAAAGGCGUAUUUCCAACACUUAUCAUGGUUAGCAAUCCUUCCAUACAAUUUAUGCUAUAUGAGACCCUGUUGAAAAAGCUGAAGGCUAGGCGUGCCUCAAGUAAGAAGGGAAAUGAUGCAGUAACUGCUUUGGAGAUUUUUCUUCUUGGAGCUGUUGCUAAACUUGGAGCAACUGUUGUGACAUAUCCCCUUCUUGUUGUGAAGUCAAGACUUCAAGCAAAACAAGUUACUGGUGGAGACAAGAAGCUUCAUUAUAAAGGUAUGUUCGAUGCCAUUGUGAAGAUGAUCCACUAUGAAGGCUUGUCUGGCUUUUACAAAGGGAUGAGCACAAAAAUUGUACAGAGUGUUCUUGCUGCUGCUGUUCUGUUCAUGGUUAAGGAAGAACUUGUCAAAGGAGCUCGCAUGUUAGUGAAAAGGAAUACUACUAGGGUGGUUAAUGUGGCAAGAUCUAAGCCUUUAUAAUUUAUCAUUCUCAUCCUUCGUUGUAUCAAUUUUCAGUUUCUUUUUAGUAGGCAAGCACAAAUUGUACAUUGGAAAUGAAAUGCCCAUAUCUGCGUGGGGUGUAGCUUGAAAUCUAAAAAAUAAAAAAAAAAGGAACAAGAUCAUCCACAGACAUAAAUUAAAUUCCAAAUGGUGUAGCUCUCGUCCUCUAUAAAUACUGUCUCUUGUUUCCUUGUUUAUUGCUA